ACAGAGGCAGCAUUUUAAACUUGUACCGAAAACUGUUUUCAUAAAGCAGGACACAGGACCGUCGAGUAACCGGCGUCGGGCAGGUCGGGUAAAUUAGUUGUCCUUUUAAAGGCUGUAGCUUUCAACGCGUCGCUGUUUUGAUGGUUAAAUGUUGCAUUAAUGAGCGCUAGAGCAAAACUAGUGUUAGUUUUGAUUUAAAUACGAAUGCAAGUGGAAGGAAGCUAGCUUGCCAGUCUGAACUAACGUCUGUUGAGUUAGGGUUAGCUUUAGUCGCUUCGUCGAGCUGCUUAGCUCGUUUGAUUUUUAUCUUAAAAUAACCGAAAAGCCUCCUGAAAUCGAAAAUGAGUGCUGGUGUUGCGAGGCCAGCGCCCGUAUCGGUACAUUCCGAUCCGAAGUCGGCGCCUCUGAAGGAGAUCCCAGACACCCUGGUCGAUCCCCGCACCACGAAGAGCUACACGAGAGGACGGUUCCUGGGAAAGGGGGGCUUCGCUAAAUGCUACGAAAUCACAGACGUGGAGACGAAGCAGGUAUUCGCCGGGAAAAUCGUGCCCAAAGCGCUGAUUUUGAAGCAGCACCAGAGGGAGAAGAUGACGUCUGAAAUCGCCAUUCACAAGAGCCUCAACCACGCGAACGUCGUGGGCUUCCACGGCUUCUUUGAGAACGACGACUUCGUCUUUGUGGUCCUGGAAAUCUGCAGGAGAAGGUCCCUGCUGGAGCUGCACAAGCGCCGUAAGGCUGUCACGGAGCCAGAGGCCCGGUACUACAUGACCCACUUGCUGAACGGGGUCCAGUACCUGCACAACAACAAAGUCAUUCACCGAGACCUGAAGCUGGGAAACAUCUUCCUCAACGAUGACAUGGAAGUCAAGAUAGGGGACUUUGGUUUGGCCACUAAGAUCCAGUUUGACGGCGAACGGAAGAAGACGUUGUGCGGAACGCCCAACUACAUCGCACCAGAAGUGCUCUGUAAAAAAGGCCACAGUUAUGAAGUAGACGUCUGGUCGCUUGGCUGCAUACUGUACACUUUGCUGGUGGGUAAGCCCCCGUUUGAGACGUCCUGUCUGAAGGAAACCUACAGCCGCAUCAAGAAAAACAACUAUGUCAUCCCCUGGCACAUCAACCCAGUUGCGGCGUCGCUCAUCAAGAGGAUGCUGCACGCCGAUCCUACUCAGAGGCCCACUGUGGCACAGCUGCAGGAGGACGAAUUCUUCACGUCAGGCUACAUCCCGCUGCGCCUGCCCACCACAUGCCUCACUGUGGCCCCACGCUUCUCCAUCGCGCCCUCCACCGCUGCAGAGCUCGGCCUGCGCCGUCCCCUCACCGCUUUGAACAACAAGGGUGGGACAGAGAAUAUAGAGGGGAAAAGUGAGCCCAUGCCAAAGGAGGCUGAACCGUCAGAAAACCACCUGAAGGACAUGCUGCAGCAGCUCAACAGCAUCAUGGCCUCCAAGCCGUCGGAGAAGACGCUCAUCCGGCAAGAGGAAGCUGAGGAUCCCGCAUGUAUUCCCAUCUUCUGGAUCAGCAAAUGGGUUGACUACUCAGACAAAUAUGGACUGGGCUACCAGCUGUGUGACAACAGUGUGGGCGUUCUCUUCAACGAUUACACCCGCCUCAUCAUGUACGCGGACGGAGACAGCCUGCAGUACAUCGACAAGACGGCCGCCGAGUCCUACCUGAGCGUCCGCUCAUUCCCCGCUGCUCUCAACAAGAAGAUCACGUUGCUUAAAUACUUCCGUAACUACAUGAGCGAGCACCUGCUGAAAGCCGGCGCCAACGUGGCGCGGCGGGACGGCGACGAGCUGGCGCGGCUGCCGUACCUCUCCAUGUGGUUCAGAACGAAGAGCGCCAUCGUCCUGCACCUCAGCAACGGCACGGUCCAGAUCAACUUCUUCCAGGACCACACCAAGCUGAUCCUGUGCCCGCUGAUGGCCGCCGUCACCUACAUCGACGAGAAGCGGGACUUCCGCACCUACAAGCUGUCGCUGCUGGAGGAGUUCGGCUGCUGCAAGGAGCUGGCCAGCCGCAUGCGCUACGCCAAGCUCAUGGUGGAGAAACUGCUGGACAACAAGUCCUCUGCUGCGCAGUAGAGUCUCUCCGUCCAGUCUCCUGUCCCUGUCUGUGUCACAGAACUUUGAUUCCCAUACCAUGAAAACCAUUUCAUGGGCCAAAACCUCGUAUCCUGUGUUCAAAAGGUUUCUGCUCUUUAAUGGAGUUUGUUUUUUUUCCCCCUCUUGCCUUUUGUUGAUGAGGCUCGCCUUUAAUCAGCGCCGCGAAUAAUCUUGUACAUUCAGCAGAGUAAAGGCGAAAACAUGAUUUCUACUUUCUUUGUGCACUAUUGUCUUUCGUUUUGAACUCUACAGAGGCUGAGAGCAUGUCGGACUGAGUCUUCGGCGUGCAAGAUGCAUUAAAGAGAGGCUCCUCUGGUCCACUUCUCUUGCUUCUUCUUUUUAUAUCUGUGUAGAGAAUUAAGCCGUGUUGAUGGUUUCAUCAUGUACAUUCUUCCUGUUUGUGUUUGUGUUUUUUAAAAAGAUUUAGAUAAGAGUUUUCAGUAAGAUGUACAGAAUGUACAUACUGCUAAGUAUGCUCACACAUUUUAAAGAUGGUAUACCUCUGCCCCAGUUUCAAUAAAGAUUCUUUUGAAAUGGU